AUGAAUCUGCAGCCAGAGCACCUGCAACAACAGCAGCAGCAGCAGCAGAAAGAGCUGCAGCCGCACAACAGCAACGGCACCGAUGCUGCCGAGGCGACGACUGCGGCGGAGACGCACGUCUACACGUGCCGCAUGUGUCGGCGCGCUCUCUUCACGGAGCGCGAGAUGAUGCCGCAUGACCCCGACCCGACCUGCAGCGGUAAUAAAGGGUUCAAGCAGCGUGGCGGCACCAACUGCAACAACACCAGCAACAACGCGGCGCGAGAAGUGCAGCCGUGCACCAGCUACUUUCUGGACCCCGACGUGGCGCUGUGGGUGGCAGCAGAGAGCCGUGAGGUUCACCGCGUGAGCGGUGGCGCAGACGUGUCGCCGGACACCAUCUACUGCCCACACCGCGGCUGCGGCGCGAAGAUUGGCACGCAGUCGUGGGUGGGCUCGCAGUGCUCCUGCGGCGCGUGGGUGUCUCCGGCGUUUAAGAUUCACGGUCGCGCCGUGGACAAGAUGCCGCUGCAGCAAUCUGUUGCCGGCUGA